GGUCCUGGCCAGAGGAGACUGGAAGGCAGGAGCGGCCGUGCAGGUCCGGCCCGCGGGGAGAUGGAGGUGUCCCUCCGGGGAGACGGUUCCGGCGACCGGCUGUGCACCGCCGCCGCCCGCGGAGACCCCCAGGAGGUGCGGAGGCUCCUGGACGCGGGCGCGGACCCCAACGCGACCAACUCCUUUGGAAGGACCCCGCUCCAGGUGAUGAUGCUGGGCAGCCCGCGGGUGGCCGAGCUGCUGCUGCAGCGCGGCGCCGACCCCAACCGCCCGGACCCGCGCACCGGCUGCCUCCCGGCGCACGACGCGGCCCGCGCCGGCUUCCUGGAGACGCUGGCGGCGCUGCACCGCGCCGGGGCGCGCCUCGACCUGCCCGACGGCAGCGGCCGCCUCCCCGUCGACGUGGCGGCGGGGGGCCCGCACGGACCCGUGGCCCGCUUCCUCCGCCACCCGCCGCCCCUUCCCGCCGCCGCACCGGGAGCAGGGCCUGCAGCGGAGGGGGUUAAGCGCUGACCCGACCCCCGCGUCCCCCGCCGCAGUGCCCCGCAGCGUUCCCGGCCUCUGUCCCCUUCAUCGCCGAGACCCUCUCCAUUUUCCCGUCUCCGCGGCACGCCCCCUCGUCCCGCCGUCUUAGCCCGCAAGCGAGCGCCCACGGCUGGCGGUGCUCCCGGGAGCCCGGCCGCUGGGGAAGGUCUUCCACUGCCCCUCUGCCUCAGAGCUCUCCCCACACACCCCCGGGCACUCCGUGUCACGCUUCUGCGAGCGACGCAUGCUGAUGCAUUUUCUAAGAAAAAGCGUGAAGAACCAAAGCACUUCCGUGGAGAGCGCACCUUGUCCUCUCCGUCCCCCCGGCUCUCCGGCGGGCGGAGGACAAGCAGCGAACUGUUCUCCCGUGCUCCAACGGUAAAAAAAAAAUUACAUUGCCUGCCUCCUCCAUUUAAUAAUUAAACUGGCACGGUUUAGAGAAGUGAGAAAGCUCCAUUUUCCUUAGUGACUCGCUAAGCGCCCUGCAAGCCACUGGUUUGAUUUCCUUUAGAUACUUGUCUUAUGUCGGUACUGAUCUUACUCAGUGCCGCACAAUCCUGGAGAGCCUUACAUUUUAGUGAUACAUUGAGAUUGUUUUAGAUAGCGCUCAGAAAUAGUGAACAACUUAGCCAUCCGUUUUACAAAUUUAAUUAGCCUUCAAAUCUUCUCCCCUCAUCACCCCGCUCAAUUUAGAAAGUCUUAAAACAUCUAACAAUGAUCGAGAUUACAAUUUGGGAACUACUACAAAUAUUUUGCACAGAUGUAUUCAGGGAAGGCUACCCAUGUGAGAAACCAACUGGUAAUCGUUCAGUUACUGUGUAGUUUUAACAUCUGGAGAUACCCCAUUGAUUCAAAAGAUCUGCUCAAAGAGCUCGGUAUCUUUAAGGCGGCUUUUCCAAAGAUAUUUGGAAACAACAACAAAUGGCCGAGCUUGGUUAUAAAUUUGAAUUUCUUCACACCCAUUAUCUCUGAUUUUCCUACGCGAUUCCCAUCGUCUGCCCAAUGUUUGUACCACUUUUCGAGUGACGAAAUACCUGUUAUUAUUCAACAGCAAAAUAUGACAGGGCUUGCCUUAAAAAUUCCCAAUCUUUGUGUUCAACUAUUAAACGGUUCUGUACGCAGCACUA